AUGUCUACCUCGAACGUCAAUGACAAAGUCCAACAGGCGAUGACGGGGAUGAAUUCGAUCAUGGACGAGUCUAUCAGGCGGGGGGAUCAUAAGAGCGGUUCGGCCAGGAAAAACAGGAGUACCAUGUCGGAGAAGGAGAAAGAGCCGACGACGGGCCGAAGCGGUGUUGAGCUGGAGGAGCGGGUGCGUCAGGCCGAGCGCGAGGCGCGCGAGGCGAAGGAACGCGAGGAACAGGCGAUGAAACGUGUUGAGGACUUGAACGGCGAACUUACUACCGCAACAAACACGGUCAACGCCGAAGCGGCAGAGACGAUCGAACGGCUCCGGGUAGAGAACCAGGGUCUCAAUGCCACUGUCGCUGAGCGCGAGACUGUCAUCUCCCGUCUUGAACGGGAUAAUGCGCAACUACGGCAGGACGCGACAGCAAUCAACGAGAAAGUCCAGCAGCUGGAGCGAUCUGUGGCGGAGCUAAAGGAGGCUGGAGAGAAGGCGCAGAACGAGGCAGAACGUUUGAAGACGGCGCAAUCUAAUCACUCGACGAUGACCAAUGACUCUGCGUCUCCAGAGCUCGUUCAGCAACUCCGUGUACGCAACGCUGAACUCGAGACGCGUCUCGCGGAUUCGGAGCAACGCUUUCAACUUGGCAAGCUACAACUCGAGGCGAUGAACGGGAGUCUGCUAUCCAAGCAUAAAGAGCUAGAGCAACUCAAAGAAGGCUUGGAGGACAAGAAUAGGGAGUUAGGGAACAUGAACAGGCGGUUGGAAAAAUUUGACGUCGCGAAUCGUGUACUUCACAGCGCCAAGCAAGCGUUACAGGAAGAGGCUGAAGGCUGGAAACAGCGUUCCAAGACCGCCAGUGAUGCCGUCAGGAGUCUAGAGCGGGAGCUCAGGGAGGUCCAAGCUCAAGGAUACGUCGCGAAUGCGGAUUCCUCCGUCGUACUCUCUCCAGCACUCGACGUCGUCGACGAUUCCAUGGAUAUCGACGGUCCACCGGAACUGCCCUCACCACCCUCAUCCCCAGUGGCAGGGCCCAUUGAACUUCGCGAAGUUCGCCAACGUAACCGACGACUCUCGCAGCACAACGACACGCUGCGUUCGGGCCAAGUCAAAAUCGAGCAGGAAGUCCAACUUCUUCGAGCCGACAACGAACGGUUACAAGCAGACAACGCGCGUUAUGAGCCCUUUGUACUGGCAUCGGAAGAAUAUAAUGGUGAAGUCGAGAAACUGACGGCAGAGAAUGCCGCUCUCUGUCGAUCGAACGAGCGGAUUCGUGAAGAGGUCGAGGAGCUGAGAACCCUGCGCGACCGCGGACUGCUGCAAGAUCUCAAGAGCGCUUCGCCGAACGGGCUGGUUCCGUCGGGUGAAUUGGCGGGCUUGCUGGCGCAGAACAUGGCAAACGUGUUCGCUGGGAUAGACGCUGUACUUGCAGAGACAGCUCAGCGGAAGUUCACGGUGAUCGACAGGCCGCAGCCUCCAACGACUUCGCUCAGUCGGCGCCAGUCCAUGGUCUUCAAGCAGGCCACGCGGCCGAGCACUCCGGCGUUCGCACACACGGGCUCGAUUGCGACAAAGAGCUUCACGGCUCCAGGCGAGAGCGCGAGUAGCGCGGGCGGGUGGGCCUCUACCACUGAGACUGGCUGGCCCUCGGGCUGA